GACGCUUCCGGGAGGUCACUUCCUGCCCUGUCUCCUAGCAACGGCUGGAAGCGUUGUGGACGUCCGGGCUGCGGUGGCGCUGGUCUGAACCCGGAGUCUCGCCGUCUGCGCGAUGGCAGAGGUGGAGGAAACCCUAAAGAGGAUCCAGAGCCAUAAAGGGGUUAUUGGAACGAUGGUUGUCAAUGCAGAAGGCAUUCCGAUCCGAACAACCUUGGACAACUCGACAACAGUUCAAUACGCAGGUCUUCUUCAUCAGCUGACAAUGAAAGCCAGGAGCACAGUCCGCGAUAUUGAUCCUCAGAACGACCUAACUUUCCUUAGGAUCAGAUCAAAAAAGCAUGAAAUCAUGGUAGCCCCAGAUAAGGAAUAUCUUCUGAUUGUCAUUCAGAAUCCAUGUGAAUAGACCUGCUAUGGCCGAGUCUGUCCUGUGACGCUGGGUUGAGAACACUUCACUCUUUCAUAAUUACUAAGAUUAUAUUCUAAUCUAACUGGUCUUUUAGAGAUUCUUUUUACUUUUACAUUUAAACUAUUCUACACGUCUCAUUUAGUCCCUUUUGAAUGUCUUGUAAAGUUGUGAUUUAGCUAUAUAGUUAAUAAAUUCUGGUAUGUACGUCUCUUGUUUUAUAAUACAUAAAACUGAGGGAUUCU